AUGUCGGUUGGACUGAGUUUCACAGUGCUGCUCAGGAGAAUCAUCUUGAUGUCACCAAAUACCUCAUCAGCCAAGGAGCUUACCAACGGAGCUGAGGUGAAUAGGGGAGAUAAUGUCGGUUGGACUGAGUUUCACAGUGCUGCUCAGGAGAAUCAUCUUGAUGUCACCAAAUACCUCAUCAGCCAAGGAGCUUACGUGAAUAGGGGGGAUCAUUUUGGUAGGACUGCAUUACACGUUGCUGCUUUCAAUGGUCAUCUUGAAGUCACUGAAUAUCUUGUCAGCCAAGGAGCUGACGUGAAUGAGAUUGAUAAUGACGCUGAGGUGAAUAAGUCUACUGAUAAGGGCAGGACUGCAAUACAACUUGCUGCACAGAAUGGUAACAUUGAUGUCACCAAAUAUCUGAUCAUUGAAGGAGCUGAGCAGAAUGAGGAAGAUAAUGAUGGUAUGACUGCAUUACACCAUGCUGUGCAGAAUGGUUACCUUGAUGUUGUUAAAGUCCUUAUGGCAGGAGGAGCACAUUUUGACAUAGGAGACAUUCACGACCAGACACCUCUACAUCUGUCCUUAGUCCUUGGGUACGAAAGCAUUGCUGAUCUAUUCACGAACUGUUCCAAUGCCAAGACUGAUUUAAUGGAUAUCCAUAUUGCCAUCCAACACGGUCACAUCUCUACCAUUGAGAAGUUAGUUUCUGAGGGAGCUGAUCUCAAUAUCAAGUCACCUGAAGGACAGACGUGUCUCCAUGAAGCGAUUAAAAUCUGCAAUAACAGCGAGAAAAUUGUGAAAGAAACUGAAACUCUAAGAAAGAUCUCCGAUGAGUGGUACGGGGGCGAACUAUCUCCUAAGAAGGCCUUGGUGUUUUAUCUCCUAGAGAAUGGAGCCAAGGUAGAUGUAAAGGAUGAGAGAGGCAAUCUACCAAUCCAAUAUGCCAAGGGCGAAGUGGUCAAACAGAUGAUUUUGUCGAGGUGA